UUCAGUUCUCUUUAAUUGCUCUGUAAUAAGUUAAAAUUCUGAAUGUAACUUAUCAGUGUCUUAACAUCCCACAGAGUUGAAAUGAUCUCUGUAUUCCUUGUUAUCUGUGUCUUCUGGACUCAAUACUCUGUAGGUGACACAGAAGUGAUUCACAAGCCUUUCCAAGCUAUCACAACGGGAAAAAAUGUGACUCUGUUCUGUCAGUUGGCCAAAAAUCAUGAUAUUGUUCAAGUCACCUGGCAAAAAAACCAAACCAACAUAGCAACUUACAGCAAGGCUUCUGGUGCUACAGUGCUGAGUAACCAGAGCAAUAUCCAUCUUUCCCCGAGUAAUUUGACUUUUUCUGCCAUCACUUUCAAUGGGGUGACAUUCAAGGAUGAAGGCUGUUACAGCUGCAUCUUCAAUACAUUUCCCUUAGGACCUAUUUCAGGCAAGACAUGUCUCAAAGUCUAUGCUCUAACAGAACCUGAAAUAAAUGUAAGGCAAGUGACUAAUCCAGAUAAUAUGGAAGAAAUAAGAGAAAUAAACUGCUCAGUAACAGGAAGACCAGCUCCAGUAAUUACUUGGAAGAUGAAGAAAUCUCUUCAGAUAAAGCCAAAAUUAUAUAUGAUCCCGCACUCAAAUAAGACAGUAACUGUUAUCAGCACAUUUACUCAAGUUUUAUCCAAGACAGUCUCAGAAAAUUCAGUAAUCUGUGUUAUUCAACAUCCAUCUUUAAACACUUCACAAGAAUUGACAUUACAUGAAACUGUAAUCAAAAAAGCUCAAAACAAACCUCAAAUAAUUGUUAUUGCAGCUAUCUGUAUACUGGUUUCCCUAUUUCUCCUGGGGCUAUUUAUCUUUUUCAUAUACCGGCAUAGGAGACGAGCACUAGUAGAAAAAGAGCAAGAUCUUCCAUGCUGGGUUGUUCCACUUUGUUCUGGAAGAACAUUAUGUAGAAAAAAAGGCUACACAAAGAAAAGAGCCCCUGUGAAAUCUCUCACUGAAGUAAAGUUUCUGGACACAUGAAAUCUUUCUAUAUAAAAUGUGAUAAAAAUCAUGUGAUGGAAAGGCAUCAGCACAUAGUUCUGAGGCCUUGCUUGGGCACACAGAGGAAUAGGCAGCCAGAGGGCUACUUAGCACCUAAAGGCCCUCCCCUUGCCUUUUAAUUAAUUUUUAGCAUUCCUUGUCUCUUUUAAAUUUUAUAUAUAAUUUUAUGCUUUUAAUAUUAUAUUUAUAUACUGCCUAGACUCCUUCUGUGAGAGAGAUGGGUGAUUCCUAAAUAUGCUAAAUAAAUAAAAAUAAUUAUAGUUUCCCUAUGAAUACUCCUUAUUCUGGAUUUUUUUUUCAGACUUGGCAUUGCCUAUGUGUUUACAAUUAAUGUUUACGUGCCGUAUUCUAUGUAAGGUGUACUGAGCACCAGAAAUUAAGCUAAAUAAUGUAGUAAUAUUCAAUAAAAUAUUUAUUUGCAAAUGA